CGGUAAAUCGUCGCGUGCACCUCCAGAACUUCUCCCCAAGCAAUCAGCUGCCAACAACCCCUUCCCUGUCGCCUCUCUCCCCGUAUGGAACUUGAGAACUAGAGCUAUCUCUGGUCGGUGCCAUGGACAAGCACCCCCGCGAUGAAUCUCCAUCCGGUCUAUCAGAUAUUGUCGAGCGUGACGGCCUCUUGGGGACCGGCAUCACCACUCGUCAUAUCGAGGCCUUUGGGAGAAAAGUCACAUCAACUGCUGGGCACUUGAUGGGGCCGUCCGGCGAUACAACCACAAACACCCACUAUCACAACGCUAUGGUGGACAUCCACCGCGAGCUCCGGCGCCCCGAUACACAGCGCAGAGUAUUUGCCCUCACACAGACUACGCCGACCGACCUUGUUCGCUCCAAGCUGUCGACAUCCGAAAUCCAGUCGCGCGCCCUCUCGUCGCUUCCCGAUGAGCUCCUUGCAAACAUACCCGAAGACUCCAGCACCUACUCGCUGUUCCAGGGCUUCCAGGCUACCCAGGAUGACCAAGAAUACAGAAAGACCCAUCGCCGGGGGAGGUCAAAGAGCAAGAAGCUGCUAAAAGAGAAGGGUGCCAGUGCCGAGCAGGCUCUUCCGUCCACGUCGAGCGACCUGAAGAAGGAGCGGGAUCUGCUGAACCGGCGGAUGGAGCUGAUGGGGGUUCGCAAGAAUAUGUGCAGCUCGGAGAUUCUUGACAUUGACAAUAAGAUUGCGAAUUUUCAUCGGAUGCGCCAGAUUGUGUUGGAUCGGCUGGCGGGCUUGGAGAUGGAGGAGGCGGAGCUAGAACAUGAGGUCACUGAGAUCGAGAAUAAAUUGGAGGAUAUGCAAGAGGAAGAGGCGCAGAACCAACCUGUCGCCACACCAGGCUCGUCCGAGGCCAACGAUGACUCUCUCGUUUCGGAAGACCCGGCUAUGGAUGCAAGCUUCAUGUCGGAAUCAAUAUAUCAGAAGCUACCUUCACCGCGCAGCCUGAAGCAUCGCUCGAUACGGAAACGGUCUAUGCCGGUACUACAUGAGCACUUUGCGCCCGGCUCGGAAAUCAAGGAAAUGCAGGCGCACAACGAUGUCGUAACGGCGAUCGACUUUGACUACCCGUUUGGAACCAUGAUCACAGCAGCUCUAGAUGACACAGUCCGAGUUUGGGAUCUUAAUGUCGGCCGGUGUACAGGCUUCUUGGAGGGACACAACGCCUCUGUUCGGUGUCUCCAGAUUGAAGAUAAUAUCGUUGCGACAGGCUCUAUGGAUGCUUCGGUCAAGCUAUGGGAUUUGAGCCGUGCUAGAUCGGGUCAUAAAGAUAACCGUCUCAACAAGGGAGAGGAGGACGAUGCUGCCACCACGACUAGUCUGGAAGACUGCUUUGUUUUCUCCUUGGACGCCCACGUUGACGAGGUGACGGCACUUCAUUUCAAGGGCGAUACGUUGGUAUCAGGGUCUGCCGACAAGACGCUGCGACAAUGGGACUUAGUCAAAGGGCGCUGUGUACAAACCCUGGAUGUGCUAUGGGCAGCUGCGCAAGCAUCAUCGCUAGGGAGUGACUCGCAAUGGCGACCGUCAGGACGCAUGCCAGACGCUUCUGCAGACUUUGUUGGAGCCGUGCAGUGCUUUGAUGCAGCUUUGGCGUGCGGUACCGCUGAUGGUAUGGUGCGACUAUGGGAUCUUCGUAGCGGUCAGGUUCAUCGAAGCCUCGUGGGCCACACCGGUCCUGUGUCAUGUCUGCAGUUUGACGACGUACAUCUAGUAACGGGCAGUCUCGACCGCAGUGUCAGAAUAUGGGAUCUCCGGAUGGGCUCGAUAUACGACGCAUAUGGCUACGACAAGCCAAUCACUAGCAUGAUGUUCGACACGAAGCGGAUCGUCGCCGCGGCAGGAGAGAGCGUGGUCAAAGUCUACGACAAAGCCGACGGCAACCACUGGGACUGCGGUGCCGGAGUUGGUGCCGACGAGACAGGACCCGGCCCUGCUAUUGUCGAGCGCGUGCGAAUCAAGGACGGAUUCCUCAUCGAGGGUCGUAGGGAUGGAGUGGUCGCGGCUUGGACCUGCUGAACCAAGCGUAUAUGAAGCCGACCGAUGUCAUGCAACUUCACAAGGUCGGUCACGUACAUGUCGAUUGUCUGCGCAUCUGUAUAUUACAUUUUAUUUUUGGAGUACAAUAGAAGGAAGGGUGGUUGUCCCUACGGUCGGACUGUCGUCGUUUCUCGAGUUAUUUCCUGGGGGUGGAAUAAGACAAAGAUAAGUGUGAUAAAGGUCGUCCAAAACCAGGAGUAAAGAUUGUAAAAAGAGAUGAAGGGAUAAAGGGUUCAAGUUUCAAGGAAGAAUCGCCGUCAAUCGGAGACGGGCUCUUUGUAUGUUUUAUCCUCGAUCUGAGACCCAAACUGUACCAAAUUGCUUAGUGGUACCAGUCAUCCAUGAUACCCUAGGGAAUUUGCUCAUUCUGCAGACUUGGCUAUCCUCGUGGCUCCCAAGGCUUUUGAUGCCGAGCC